AGCCAGUCAGCCAGCACAGGGGUUGUUUUUGCAAACCUCAAACUUCCUCCCCACCCUAGCGAAGGAAAGACUUCAAGGCCUAUUUACAGACUUCCCUGAUUUUAUAAAUAGGCAUUCCUCAGAACGCCGAGCCAGGGUGGGGGGCGGGGCAGGUAGGCUCACUACACCCUGCCUCUCACUGGGUAGGCCACCCUUGCUGCUCAUGUGUUUCACUUGCACAGUCCCGGAGCGUGGAGUCUGGGGUCCUGUCAGGCCGUGGAAGGCCGUCACUCGCAGACCCAAGGUGGCUUCCACCAAGAGGAUGAGCAGGUUCCUGAAGCACUUCACCGUGGUUGGGGAUGACUACCACACGUGGAACGUCAACUACAAGAAGUGGGAGAAUGAGGAGGAGGAGGAGGAGCAAGCCCCCACAUCAGCUGAGGGUGAGGGCAGUGCCUCCCCUGAUGCUGAGGCUGGCUCUGUCCAGACACCCAGGCCACCCCUGGACUUCAGGAGCAGGCUGAGGAAGCUCUUCAGUUCCCACAGGUUUCAGGUGGUCAUUAUCUGCCUGGUUAUCCUGGAUGCCCUCCUGGUGCUUGCUGAGCUUCUUCUGGACUUGAGGAUCAUCCAGCCGGACAAGAAUGACUAUGCGGAAAAGAUAUUCCACUACAUGAGCUUUGCCAUCCUGGUCUUCUUCAUGUUGGAGAUUUUCUUUAAAAUUUUUGUCUUCCGCUUGGAGUUCUUCCACCACAAGUUUGAGAUCCUGGAUGCCAUCGUGGUGGUGGUGUCAUUCGUCCUCGACCUCGUCCUCUUGUUUAAAAAGCACCAGUUUGAAGCUCUUGGUCUGCUGAUCCUUCUGCGGCUCUGGCGGGUGGCCCGGAUCAUCAAUGGCAUCAUCAUUUCAGUGAAGACCCGCUCGGAACGGCAAGUCUUAAGGUUAAAGCAGAUAAACCUCCAACUGGCCACCAAGAUCCAGCACCUGGAAUUCAGCUGCUCUGAGAAGGAACAAGAAAUUGAGCGACUCAGCAAGCUGUUGAAACAGAAUGGACUUCUAGGGGACGUGAACUAGCCUUCCAGAAGCUCCACCCUAGAGAAGCUGGGCUGUGGCCAGAGAGCAACUGUGUGGUGCCAAGUCCAGUCCCCAUCUUUGCCUUGGCUUGUGCUCCCUGGACACUGGGGACACAUCGUUGGCGCUGCUGCCUCCUUGCUGUGACCCGGAGCCACCUGUCCACGCCCUUCUCCUGCAGCAAAGGAUUCAUAACCACGUUUUUUCAAGCUGGACUCUGUCGCUCAAAAAUGAACAAGGAAGCUGGGCUUGUAAAUCCCAGUUAAUGCCACUGCAUCCCUCUGUGUGUUGGGGACCCGCACCUCCCGAGAGGAGCAGAGGCUGGCACCCUGCACCGCCCAUUCUAGAAACCCUUUCUUUACCAGGUGCUCCACAGCUUCUGCGGCUGCUGCCCUAGGGGAGCCAGCAUGGUGCCCAGCUCCACCUCUGCAGCAUCCAGCUGUACCAUCAGCUUCACACUGGCUCUGCCCCCACCAGCAUCUCUCUCGAUUACUGUACAAUUAAUGUAUAAAAUAAGCGCUCUCCUUCCCUGCGGCCCGCCCACCACAUUCUCUUUGGUGGCAACCCAUACCAGCCUACCAGUUAGAACGCCAGCCUACUGCAGGGCUCCAGACUGCCCCGUAAUUAGCAUGAUCUUGGGGUACACUCCCGCUGUGGGCACACGGUUUUACAAAACCUCUUGCUGGUCUGUACUCUGGAAUGCUAGAUCAGGACGACGAGCUGAGGAGGCUCUCCAUGCAUGGCUACGUUAGGCUCUGGUCCCUCCCACCUCCCCAGAGGUGACACGGCCUGUGGUCUGUUGUGUAGGGUGCUGGAGCCACCUGACCUAACACCUAACCCGGCAGUGGAGAGGGGCAGGGGGCUGGUUGAAGGGUAACACCAAGGGGACGAAGCAGCUGGGUUAGCAUCCACCAGAGCCUGGGGCCCAGGUGCCCACUGCUACCAAAGGGAAGGCCUCUGGGGUGGGCACUCCUCUCACAGGGGCCACUUGCAUCACACAAAUGGGAAGAAGAAGCUGAAAGGCAGCCUGGCGUUGAUGGUGGGGGGCGCUCGGAAGCCUGCCUCUGCAGGGGCUGCCACAUCCACAAAUGUCACUGUAGUGGAAAUGACGAUCGUCCUCUCAGGCCCUGGGAGAGGCUGUAAUGGAAAGACAGACAGAAUCAACACCCUCAUGUUCCUCGCUCAUCCGCCAUCCUGUGAGCCUGAGUCUGGCAGGUAUGUGGAGUCCCUAAGGCACUACGUGGCUGAGGUGCGCUAUGCAACAGGCUGGUCCAGCAGUAGCAACCACAGUUCAGGGGUCACAAGAAUUGUGACCACAAAUAAAACCUAUCAGUUUCCCCCUCUAAAUAUAAGUUAAAGGAUAAUUAUGAAAUUGGUUUAUAACUCAAAAUUAUGUUAGGCAGGAUAGCACUUGCCCACUAACACUCGGGAGGCUGAGGCCGAGGGUCACAAGGUUGAGACCAGCCUGGGCUCCCUGAGAAGAUCCUAUGUCCGAAUACCUAAACCCAGCAGGCGCAGCAGCGACGCUUACAUUCCCUGCACGUGGGAACGUGACACGAGGA